AUGUCCAACCUUGGCACCGUUCCUAGGACGGCUCCCAUUGCCAUUGCGCCUAAACCUUCUCAACUAUUUUCUAGUCGCCAUUAUAGUAUCGACGCGUCUUUUAAUAAUAUGAACGGUAAUGAUUCAACCGAUUCGGAUUCAGCUGUAAGUGGAAACUCAACGCCUUGUGAAUCUUGUCUGAGAAGGCGUCUCAAGUGCGUUAUUGGAGAUGACGACGACGGCUGCGUAUCUUGCCAAGUCCGGGGGAUUUUAUGUUCUUUAAACCAGAGCCCCCAGCCUCGUAAAAGAAAGCUAGCGCGUGACUCGACCGAGGGGAAGAGAGGAAGACAGCGGCAGCGUCAAGCUAGCUUGUCAAGCACAACUGCUAGCACUUCUUUAAUCGAAGAGAUGGCUAAUUUUGGUGGUCCAACUCUUCUCAAGCGCACGCUUGGUCUUCAAGAUGACCGGUAUAGUCAGUACAUAGGCCCUACCACUGACUUUGAGCCGUCCUUGAUCAACCUUUCUCCAUUUGAUCCUCAAGAUGAGAGCCUUCUCGCUCGAGGUACUCUUAGGAAAGUUAGCGAUCACGAUACUUUUUUGAUGUUACCCGAUAGCGCGACCCCUGGUCACGAGCAUCAAUACGAAGAUGUCGACGAAAUUCAACGACUUGUGGCUCCUUACGGCCGCAAACUGAUUGAUCUUUAUUUCGAAGUUGUUCAUCCCGCAUUUCCUAUCCUCCAGAAGAAUGUCUUCUACGAGAAAUACGCUCGAAACUACCGGGAAUUCUCGCCGCCGUUGCUCGCUGCUGUUUACAUCCUUGCCAUCAACUGGUGGGAUUAUUCCGAAGAGCUAUCCAAAUCCCAGCGACCCAAUGUGCGAGAGCUCGAGAGGCUAAUACGAUCUUCCUUGGCGGAUGCUAUGUGGCGCCCAAAGCUAUCGACCGUACAGGCCGGACUUUUGCUCUCGCAACGACCCGAAGGCGACCAAUGGGCCCCGACCGCUCAAAUCGUGGCGAUUGCUCAAGAACUCGGCCUUCACCUAGAUUGCACGCAUUGGAAGAUUCCGCCUUGGGAGAAGGGACUUAGGAAAAGACUUGCUUGGGCUUUGUACAUGCAAGAUAAAUGGGGAGCUCUGGUCCACGGACGGCCAUCACACAUCUUUAGCUCUAACUGGGUUGUGCAGCCUUUGACGCCAAACGAUUUCCCAAAUGAAGAAUUAGACGAGCAGAAUCAGGAGGAAAAGAUGGAUAUCGAAAGGGGUCGGACAUUGUUUGUUCAAAUGGUUUAUCUCACUCAGGUGCUAGCCGAGAUCCUCGAGACGUUUUAUACGCUCGAGGCUAUGCAGAGCGUUACCGAUGCUGGACCACAAGGUACUCACCUUGUUCUGGGUCUGGCGAAACCCAUUCAGCUUAAGCUUAAAGAGUGGUACGCCGCACUCCCCAGUGUAAUCCGUAUGGAUUCUUCCUUCCAAUCAGGUUCUGUCGCGCCCGCCGUCGCACCCACCCGGCUGUCGAGCAUCGGAUAUUUGCACCUGGCCUACUUCGCGACGGAGAUCACGCUCCACCGCCGGAUUAUUCGGUCUCUGGAAACAGAUUCGCAGGCCGUUGACCCUUACGUCCAACAUAUUUGCCGGAGUGCUGCAAAAGCCCGUCUGAUAUCAGCUAUGGACUUCGUUAAUCGACUGACGCCGCAACAUCUCCGAUCCUUCUGGUACUUUGCCUCGAAGACCAACUUUGCUUUAAUCGGCACGUUUGGGUCCCUUUUAUGGGCUACAUCUCCGGGCCGCGAAGAGGCUGACUGGUAUCGACGUAGACUUGGAGAGUACCGUUGGACACUAAGCGUUAGCAGUAAACCUGGAGAAUCCAAAGGCCUGACCGAAUUUGCGAUGGGUAUGCUCGAUAUAUCGACCGGAUUGUUGAAGCAACUUCCGGAGAAACCGGAGUUGAGCCGUAGCGGAAGUGCUAUCGAAUUUGAAAUCGGCAGGCGUCAGAGUCUCUUUUCCAUGGGUAUGAGCGGUGCCUUGGGAGAGCAAUAUAGCAGCAUGGCCAGUGCCGACAUCAGUAAUAUCCAGAGUCCCGAGAGCCAAAUAGACAGCAGCGAUGAGGAUUAUGAUACGUUUGCCCCAAUGGCCGGGAUGGCUCAUAUGGGCGACUGA